AUGGAUUCACAGAAUUACACGGUCUACGCGGAUUGUGGGUCAAAGUGCAGGCUUCAACUCGACGUGGGACUUCAGGGCCCCAGGGAUGGUUCCCCGCUGUACGAAAAAAUGCCCUUCGUUAUAAAUGGCACGCAGGAGCCAGGCUACACGACAUGGACAUCACAAUAUUCUUACGGGAUGUCGCUACGAGCAAGGGACCUCCCGAAUCCGCUGACCCUGAUCGAAGACCCGGAAUUCACGAACCUCACUCACCACUACUCCAACUACACCUACGCUUUUACCGUUACGUCCGAGUAUUAUUACGAGGACCCUCCGGAUUUCAAGGUGCAUGUCGUGUUGGUUGAUCCUGACUUCCAACAUUUUCGUGCCAUCGGAGAAAAACAAACUCAUUUUUUCAUCAGCCGUGCGAGUAGCUUACUGGUAUUCCAGCAAACGACUCUGGCGCCCGAAAACAAAGGCGCAAACUGCCACCUUGAUGUUUACGCCGGGAUCGUACGCAAGAAUUGGACCGCCGAGGAACAAUUGAUCGGCAACUAUCCAAUAAGUCAACAGCGGGUUCUGUGGUGGCAAAGCUGGAAUCGUCCGUCCGUGAAAGUUCUCUUUGAUGAUUGUACCUAUGACAUCGUCGUUACGGCUAACUUUGGGGAAGCGAGCCCUAAAGAGAGGAACGUCACAGCAAGGCCCGGUGACAUGCAAUACCGUGAAUUCCUGAGCCAUUACUACCCGGUCUUCUAUCCGUCAGGGAUCACCAGUUCUAUCGGGAUUGGAGAUUCCACGCAAUCCAUUUUUCUGACAAUGACAAUUUUUGAUGUGGCAAACGGAACCCUGAACUUCGGCAUUGGGCACCCAUUGUUGGACGUGGAGAACGCGAGCCUCGUUUUCACCGCACCGUCACCAAGUGUUUAUUGCGCCGCGGAUUUGGAGAACGUGUGGUUCAAAUUCGUCCCUGAUCACGAAGGAAAGGCGCGGGUGCGCCUAGAUAUGUGGCACGCCGAUCCGGGGAUCGCGUGCGUUCCGCUAAAUGGUUACACCUCGCGGCGGCCUGCGCUGACUACGGAGAAAAAUUACGACCCCAAUCUCAAUCUCCUUUUUGCGAUCAUUUUUGAGUUUAUCUUCAACGCUGAAUGCGCGAUGAAAUGCCGCCUUCGUAUAACCAUCGGUCUGUCGUGUCCACACGAUGCUGCGAAGCCUCAUUUUGAAGCGGUUCCGUUCACCAUCAACGACGCGGUAGCAAAAGCUGUAUUUCGGAGCUACACUUGGACAUCGGAUGUGGCAUACGGAGUUUCGUUGCGCGUGGAAGACCAGCUAACAGAAAUCCGACUCACUGAGCUGCCGGAAUAUGCGAGCUUAAAUGCAAACAAUUCCAAAUACACAUAUGCGUUUACCGUGCUUAGCGACCAGUUCUUUAAUGCACCACCAUACCUCUACACGCAUGUCGUACAGGUCAGGCCUCUGCAAACGAUUACCAGAAUCGGUGCCGGAACGGAUCACAUAUUUGUCGCCCGACCCGAUUACAAUCUGUUGUAUUUUGAAGCGAUACAACUAACGGAAAACCUCACGGCUGGUGGAGGGUUUGUCGGCUACGCGCGUUCACUGCAUGCCGAUGGGGAUGAAUCGCGUCUCGUCGACAAUUUUUCUAUGGAUGGCCGUACCAAGAUAUCUGCAUUGCUUUGGAGCCUUCCCGUCGCAACAUUUCGGUUUGGCUCAGGAACGUUCGACAUCUCAUACGAGGCGCGGCCCCUCGCAAAAGAUACAUUAUGGGCCUGGGAGAUCAUCUUCAACGCUGAAUGCACGACCAAAUGUGGCCUUCGUAUAACCAUCGGUCUAUCGUGUCCAAACGAUGCCGUGCAGCCCCAUUUUGAAGAGGUUCCCUUUACGAUUAAUGGCACCGUCGUCAAGGCGUUAUCCUCGAGCUACACCUGGACCUCCGACGCAGCGUACGGAGUUUCACUCCACGUCACCGAUUUGCCACCCUUGAUCAGCCUCUCGGAACUACAGGAAUUCUCCGAUUUACACUCAAGCAGUCCAGGAUACACAUAUGCAUUCACCGUGCUCAGCGACCAAUUCUUUAUUUCUCCACCAAAUCUCUACACCCAUGUGGUACUGGUUACGCCCCUACAAUCGAUUACCAGAAUUGGGGCUGGAGCGGAUCAUAUAUUUGUCGCUCCACCCGGGAAAAAUUUCAAUCUGCUGUACUUUGAUGCGAUACAACUGACCGACAACCUCACGGAUGGCGGAGAGUUCAUCGGCUACGCGCGUUCAUUACAUGCCGAUGGGGAUGAAUCGCGUCUCGUCGACAAUUUUUUUAUGGAUAACCGUACCAAGAUAUCGGCGCUGCUUUGGAGCCUCGCCGUCGCCACGUUUCGGUUUGGCUCGGCGACGUUUGACAUCUUAUACCAGGCGCAGUCCUUCGAACAGGAUACAACAUGGACCGCGGACGCUAUUUUCCGUGCGGAAUGUAGCGCUGAAUGCCAACUUCGUAUAACGAUCGGUCUAUCAUGUCCGUACGAUGCGCCGGCUCCGCGUUUUGAGAGGGUCCCCUUCUAUCUCAAUGAGGUCGCGGUCCAGCCAUUGCUUACUCGCCAUACCUGGACUGCCAGCACAUCGUAUGGAAUUUCGUUUACUGUCGAAGAUCUACCAUCCGUUGUCCAAAUUUCCGAGCUCCAGGAAUUUUCUGAUCUACACGCAAAUUUCUCUGAUUAUACAUAUUCUUUCACGGUGCUCGGCGUUCAAUUCUACGAGAUGCCACCAGAUCUCGCUACUCACGUUGUGCUAUUUGAAACUAUGCAGUCGAUCGCAAAAAUCGGCGCAGGUGCUUGUCACAUUUUUGCCGCGUCCUCCGCGCCCUACUAUAAUCAAAUUUAUUUUGCCACGAUACGGACGUCGGAAAACGUUACGAUCGAGGACGAUGUGUUGAUUGCUGCUUAUGCCCACUCGCUUGACGCCGAUGGAGACGAAACGCAUCUGGUCGACAUAUUUUCAUUUGACGGACGUACCGAAAUCUCGGCGCUACUCUGGAGCGGUCCCGUCGCUACGCUUUGCUUUGGCAACGCGACCUUUGACGUACUGUUUAGCACGCAUAGUUCGUUUGGUCUUACCUGGAAAGCG